UUCACGUUAUGUCUCAUGCAAUUUUAUCGCAAGUACAUUUACGUGGACCGAAGAUACAAUAACGAAGGUUAACGUGGUACUGUGAGCACGCGUAUAACCUGUCGUACAUGUUAAACAUCGAUUAGCGAUGGAAGACGAAGAAAAAAGAUGUGAAGAUGAAGAACCUAGUGAAUUUUAUUUUGAAUCUGAUCACUUGGCAUUAAAAGGAAAUAAAGAUUAUACCACUCUUUUAAAAACAAUUGUCAUUCUUGAAGCACAACGUGUUCAAGCUAUAGAAGAUUUGGAUAAACUUUUAUCAAUUCGUUCCAAAGCACUAAAGGAUCCAAUAUCUUUCGUAGCUCAGAUACAAAAUGGUGAACUGCCAGAAUUACCAGGACCACAAAAAAUUGUGGACCUUCCUUAUAUUGACUGGACGCAAUAUAAUAUAGCUGCACCUGAUAUGCGAAUGAGACCUCAAACAAGGCACGGACAUAUUUUGCCUCACAUACAAACAAAAUCGGAACAAGAGAAUGGAAAAAUAUUAGUAAGAGGACGUGCUUUUGAUGAGAGUAAACCAGAAACCUUUAAUCAAUUAUGGACAGUAGAAGAACAAAGAAGACUAGAGGAACUUUUAAUUGAAUAUCCACCAGAAGAUGUAGAAAUGAGAAGAUGGACCAAAAUAGCCAAUGCUUUAGGCAAUAGAACUCCAAAACAAGUAUCUAGUAGAGUUCAGAAAUACUUUAUUAAACUGUUACGGGCUGGAUUACCUAUACCUGGUCGAGGUCCUAAAAUGAAAUUAGAUGUUAAAAAAGGAAUUGGUCAUAGACAUCAAAGGAAUAAUUAUUCGUUAUUUAGACGUUCAACAUUCUUUCCUCACCAAGAUAUGUCUUUCACAAUGCCUGAUGAAACCAAAGAACAAGCAGUUACAGAGGAAUCUGAAGAUGAUGCUGGGAAUAGUAUUAUUGAUGAUAAUCCUGAAUUGAGACAUAUAGAAUUAUUAAAACAUGUGAAAGCUGAGAAAGAACAAAAUUCAUCUCCUACAUAUAAACAUGUUGGAUACAAGUGUUCAAUUUGUAAAGAAGAUCCUUUAACAGGUACAAGAUGGCAUUGUACAGAAUGUCAAGAUGGAAUUGAUUUAUGUGGUGAUUGUGCAGUAGCACAAUUAGAAGCUGAAAAACCAAUACAUGACACAUUACAUAGAUUACUUCCUAUAAAGCCACCCCGAUAUAGAAGUUAUGAUUUAGAUUACUUUCCACAAAGUUUCAGUAAUUCCUCUUAUAAUUAUUUAGAUCCGAAUUUUUUACCUGAAUAA